CGACGACUUCUCUUUCGAAUCACGAAUAUCGGGGCCUCAGGUAGCCUUGAUGCCGCUAUCACCGCGCCAUCGUACAUCGUGGGCAUUUCUGUUGAGACGUGGGUCGGACUUUCAGUUAGAUAUAUCUGAAUCUAUCAGCUCCAGUACCACUAGCAAUACAACGAUCUCGACCAGCGGGGGUACUCCUGAGCCCCCACCAUUCGGAAUAAUGAGAACGAUGGAGGUUCAGAUUUCCUACGAAGCAAGAACAUGGAACAGCCAUGGAAGGAUGGCUGACAGCAAAACCCUACGGCCGUCCACGAUUGCAGAUAUCAGAAGUAUCACGAGCGGAGAUGUAUCCCUAUUUUCCGAAGAAAUUUCAUCAACGUUGCUGAGGAUCAAGAUUGAAAACGGGCAUCCAACGUCACGCUAUAGACACUCAUCGCCACUUGGGUCAUCUUGGGAGUGGCUUGAGGACGGGCAAAUGAGACCCAUUUCAACAAAUGGGGCGGUACAGCCCCACUCGAAUGAAUCAAAUCCAUAGUGGAUGAGAGAAACCCAUUCACUUAUCUUCUGCUACGCUACGAUUCAUCAACGACAUAAUGUACAAAACACAUACCAAUGCGCCUAUGAAAUUUAUGAAUGAUUUUCGGUGGCAACAGGAUACUCAACCAGGCGAUUAUACUAAUCAAAAAAAUUGUAUAUUAAGAGAGAAAUUUAUGAAUAGGAAAACACAU